CGCUUUGAUACAGAGAAUCAUUUCUAUCGUGCAAGUGAUCGUCAUCGUACUAAGACCAAUCGUACAACAGCAAGAUGAGAGCGUGGCUGUGAUACCGUGCACGAAUGAACCUGAUCUGGUAACCAACGCGGGCAUCGGUUUUAGAAGGGCGUAGCUAUCGAUGCCGUGCUAUUGACGCUCCACCUGUAGUACAACUCACUCGAAGAUGUUUUUUCACACAUAUCAUCAAGACGCUUUAUCAGAUUUACGCUCGGCUCAUCACAACCCCCUCAACAGGUCCCCCCCGCUUGAGUGAGAGAUAUUUUCUACUUGUCGAUCCUCAUCAUGUGCAUUCAUCUACGUUUUCCACGUUUGCAUGAUGUACUUAGCUGCAAGAACGCUAGAGAAUAGAAAUUGCGCUUCAGUGGUGUUAGAAGUAGUUGUAGAGAGAGAAGAGGCAACACGCAACAGGAACACUCGGUCUAUGCAGAAGUAUAAGUGUUUUCGUCUUCUCGUCGACUUCUUACUGGAUCUUGAUCUUCGGCAUGCCUCGUCCACAACCUAGGCUUGCUUGGUGCAGCCUGUGGCAGGUUCGAAAACCACCAAAACAACACGACCAAGAUGGCCGCUCGCUUUCGCUUCCAGGAGGACCCGGAAUAAUAAAUGACGUGACGUCCACCUCGUUGCACUUCGUGCCUCGUGUCUUUGCUUCAUUGAAGACGAGGACAAAGAUCAUACGUGCCAAAAUCUCCGUCAAAACCGUCCGCACGCCCUCGAUCAUCAAAUGGAAAAUUUAGAUCGUGCUUUCACCGUCGUCGUGAUCGAUCGUCAACAUCUGCAACGGGCACUAGCACAACUUCAUCUCCGUCCUGCUCGAGAUCACACGCGCUGCUCGUGAGAUUAUGGAUCGCUUCUUCUAAGGACCUCGCUUGCAACGUACUAGAAGUGAGUCUGUCAACGUCAUCGUUUAGAGGAUCGGACCGCUCACGUUCAUCACUGUAAAGCUCAGAAGGAUCUGAAUCGUCGUGAUGCGUAAGUAGAACAUCGAGAAACUACGCGGUCCAUCGUCCAAGAUCAUCUGCAACGUGGUCUACAACCGUCCAGGAAACAAAGCUACGUCCCUGAGUCUUCAAGUAUCUGCCGCGCGUCAAGAGGAAGAGGUGUCAACGUCGAGAAGAAGAAGCGUAGGAAAAAUGGUCGAGAUGGAGAGAUCAUGCUUUCAGUCCUUCGUCCUUAGUUUUGUACAAACUACAGGUUUGCUGGCCCGGCGAAAUCCGACCUGCGUGCGGUAAGCUGGGUCAGGGAAGGGCUGAGGAUCGUAUUCGUGAUCGUAGCACUCUUGCGUCACAUUUACGUUCUUGUGUGCCGAGAUGAAAGGAGCUGCAGCUGUAGAGGAGAAGAAAGCCGUAUUUAUCGUGCUGGUCGUGGGGAGACUAUAGUGCUGAGAGGAACUACACCCGUACCAAACAUCCGUGCUCUGCUGUCCUGGAAACCGUGCAUUGACCAGAGCGAAGUCAGUUGGAUGUGGAACGUUGAAGGAAAUCGGUGACGCUAGUCCUAGUCGUGCCGUAGCGUACUCUCACAUCGUGGCGCUGAAGGCAGCACUCGAGUGCAGAAGUAGAUCUUGUCGCGCGCCGUCCAGCCAACUCUUCGUCUCGCUCGUUCCUAUCUGCGUCCAGCCUCUACUACGCGCAGAUCGCACAGAACGAGUUGACUUUUUUUUUCGUGAAGGAGAUUUUGAAUGGGUUUGCUUUUCUCCCGUACUGGUACUUCAGCUUGGCCUUGGCGUUACCUCUACUCAUCACCACCUUCAAGCUUCUCUAGUUUCACUUCUACUUCUUUCGAUCGAGAAGACCUGCUUCGCAGUAUCUCACUAUUAUUCACAGAGGGCGACGAAACACCGCGAGGGCGAAAAAUUUCACAAGGAGAAAACCGCGAAACCUCCAUGGAUCGGCUCCCAUUCCGAGCCGAAACCCCAGGGCAAACGGUCCCCAUUCCGAGCCUAUACCUCCGGGCAAACGAUCCCCAUUCCAAGGCUAUACCUCCGGGCAAACGAUCCCCAUUCCAAGGCUAUACCUCCGGGCAAACGAUCCCCAUUCCGAGCCGAUACCUCCGGGCAAACGAUCCCCAUUCCACGCGAACGAUCCCCAUUCCGCUCUUUUUUAUCAUACCGAGAAAACCGCCCGCCAAGUCAAACCUACUUCGUGCGAGUGUGCAUGUAGUUGUGGACACGCAUCAGGAAAUCAGAGAGAGCGCUUCCUGUUUGUCUUCGCUGGAGCUUGCUUAUUAUCACAUACCAGCACACCAGUCGCGGACCGGUCGUAGUGCUUUUGUUCUGAAAUCACGCGAGACCACAACUACAUGUGCGCGAGCAGUGAAUUUGGCUUGGCGCCGGAAGCUCUUGACUUUGCCACUAUACCCCAUACCUCCGCAAGUCGAUCCCCGCAUGACAAGAACACCACCUCCGGGAUUCGAACCCCCAACCUCCGGGAUUCGGUCCCCCUUCCAUUUUGGGCCCUGCGUCGAGUAUCACCUGGAAAAGCUUGCUGCUUUCUGUUGGUUUUGCAUGGAUGUUGCGCACAGUGUAGCACUUUUAUUGCACACAGCUGAGGCUGUGUUCGUUGGGGCUGGCGACUCCUCUUCGUGUUUCGAGGGCGCGCUGGCUCUGAAUCGAUAUUAUGAUAUUAGCGCACAAUUGUGGGCAUACUAGUUUCAAUUUCUUUGUUGUGCUUGUGAGCGAAACGAAAAUAAAGUUGCACGGACGGGACAAAAUCAGAGCAGAAGCAGGCAGGCUUUUUCAAAUCCUUAACAAAAUCCGAAGUACUUGCGGUAAGAUGCGGGGCCGACGGCCACGUGGGUGU